AUGGAGCUAACGUUCCUCGGCACAAAAAGCUGUAGUGAUGCAUCCAGAGGGAGCGGAGGAGGAGAGAGAAACCAAAGGGGGGAGGAGGAGGAGGAGGCGGCGGCGGAGGCCGGCAACGGCAGCCAGCUGGUGAUGCCCGAGGACGGGUACGAGUGGAAGAAGUACGGCCAGAAGUUCAUCAAGAACAUCCAGAAAAUCAGGAGCUACUUCCGGUGCCGGCACAGGCUGUGCGGCGCCAAGAAGAAGGUGGAGUGGCACCCGCGGGACCCCAGCGGCGACCUCCGCAUCGUCUACGAGGGCGCGCACCAGCACGGCGCCCCGGCGGCGGCGGCUCCUUCUCCCGGCGGCCAGCACCAGGGCGGCGCGCCUCCUCCAACAGAUACGAGCUGGGCGCGCAGUACUUCGGCGGGGCCCGGUCGCAGUGACCCGGGUCAGCUGGCAACUGCUCCUGGGGUGACAACCGAGAAGAAAGGCCGGCGACGUCGCGUCGCGUACGCAUGCAUCAGCUCCUGCUGGCUGCCGCUGCUUCGAUCGCUUUCGCUGCGCACCGGAGGGCAAAGGCAGGUGGCUGGUGCUGCCGGUGGCAGUGGCGAUGCCGGUUGA